UUCCUUCCUAUAAAUACUUCCAUGGGAGAGCCUAAUCUACCAUAGCAAACCGUAUCCUAUAUCUCUUGAAAACACACCAUGACGACGUCCUUACUAAAUAAAUCAUUCUUCUCGUUCUUUCUCCACAUCCUGUUUUUGCUCCUUCACACAUUCAACUUUUCUUCUUACUUUACUUUAGCUGAACACACUCCCUCCACAACUUCACUGUUUGGUAAUAAUACAGAAGCUGAGGCUCUUCUCGAAUGGAAAGCCAGUCUUGACAACCGAAGCCAAUCUCUCCUUUCUUCUUGGGUCGGCAUGAGCCCAUGCAUUAACUGGAUUGGAAUCACUUGUGGCAAUUCUGGAAGCAUCACCAAUUUGAGCCUUGCAGACUUUGGCUUGAGAGGUACGCUUUAUGAUUUCAACUUCUCAUCCUUCCGUAAUCUUUUUGCUAUUGACCUUCAGAACAAUUCUCUUUCUGGAACCAUCCCACAUGAAAUUGGAAAGAUGACGUCUCUUUUCGCUAUUUCUUUAGCUGAAAAUAAUUUCACUGGUUUCAUCCCCUUCUCUGUUGGAAAUUUAACAAACCUAUCCAAACUCUAUCUUUGGGAUAACAAACUUUCUGGUUCCAUUCCUCAAGAAAUUGGAUUGCUAAAGUCUCUCAAUCAACUUGAUUUGUCAUCUAAUGUUUUAACUGGUGAAAUCCCUUAUUCCAUUGGAAACUUGAGAAACUUAUCUCUCCUUCACCUUAUUCAGAACCAACUCUCUGGUUGCAUCCCUUCUUCUAUUGGAAACAUGACCAUGCUCGUUGAUGUAUCAGUACAACAAAAUAAUCUCAUUGGUUUGAUCCCAUCCUCUAUUGGAAACUUGACAAGCCUAUCCGUCCUUUAUCUUUGGGAUAAUAAACUCUCUGGUUCUAUUCCUCAAGAAAUUGGGUUGCUAGAAUCUCUCAAUGAAAUCGACUUGUCAAGCAAUGUUUUGACCGGUAGAAUCCCUUAUUCCAUUGGAAACUUGAGAAACUUAUCUUACCUUUACAUUUUUCAGAACCAACUCUCUGGUCCCAUCCCUUCUUCUAUUGGAAACAUGACCAUGCUCAUUGAAGUACAACUAGAUGACAAUAAUCUUACUGGUUUGAUCCCCUCUUCUAUUGGAAAUUUGAGAAACCUAUACACACUUUAUCUUUGGGAUAACAAACUUUCUGGUUCCAUUCCUCAAGAAAUUGGGUUGCUAGAAUCUCUCAGUGAACUUACCUUGCUAAAUAAUGUUUUAACCGGUAGAAUUCCUAAUUCAAUUGGAAACUUGACAACUCUCACUACACUUGAUCUAAGUAUAAACAAACUUCACGGCCCAUUGCCCGUAGAGAUGAAAAAUCUUACCCAAUUGAUUGUUUUGGAAAUUGGUUUCAAUGAAUUCACGGGUCAUUUGCCACUAGAGUUAUGUCAUGGAGGGGUAUUGGAGAACUUUACUGCUUGCUACAACAACUUCUCAGGUUCAAUCCCGAAAAGUUUGAAAAACUGUACUCGUUUACACCGAGUAAGACUUGAAAGGAAUCAAUUAACAGGAAAUGUUUCUGAGGUUUUUGAUGUCUAUCCACAUCUGGAUUAUAUUGAUUUGAGUUACAAUAAUUUUUAUGGUGAGCUUUCUUCAAAAUGGGGAGGUUGUCGUAACAUGAAAAGCCUUAGAAUCUCAAACAAUAAUGUUUCUGGUGAGAUACCACCAGAGCUUGGGAAGGCUACUCAAUUACGCUUGAUAGAUCUAUCAUCAAAUCAGUUAAAAGGAGCCAUCCCAAAAGAUUUAGGGGGUUUGAAAUUGUUGUACAAGCUUAUUCUUAACAACAACCAUCUUUCAGGUGCCAUUCCCUUAGAUAUUAAGAUAAUAUUUUAUUGA